UCACACUGGCACACAACGUGUUUACAAAACGUUGUUUAGUUAAUUUACGGCGAAUAACACAAAAUGGUUGAACUGGAGGGCUAUGUAGUGGUGCCGCUGCGCACGACGCCGGAUGCGCAACAUUGCCACAGUGUCUACAUGCGGGAGCACUUCAUCCGGCUGAUGGAUCCCAACAAACCGAAGGGACGCACACUCUUCCUACUCAACGUGCCGCCCUACGUGACGGAGGACAGCCUGCGCACGGUCUUCGGCCGGGCGGGGAGCAUUGAGGCCGUGGAGUUCGCCGCCAAGCCGGGCAAAGAGGAGACCAUCAAGUGGUACGAGGGCACCGGCGAACCCUUCUCCUCCACUCGUCCGCCCUUCGUCUUCAAGGUGGCCUACAUAGUGUUCGAGAAGAACAGCAGCAUCGGCAAGGCGCUGGCACUGCAGAGCAUUGACCUGUUCAACAGCAGCGGCGAGUGCAUCAUCAAGACCGGCAUGGAGCUGUGGCACGACGAGUACGACAGCAAUUACCUGCUGGAUGCGCAAAAGACGAAGCUACAGAUCAGCAAGUACAUGGCCGGCUACGACAAGCGGGAGCGAGCGGCGGCAGAGGCGGCCAAGACCGGAGAGGCCGAUGCCGACGGAUGGGUCACCGUGGGCAAGGAGGGUCGCAAUGCCGGCUUCGAGCAAAAGGCGUCCGUGAUUGGACGCCUGGAGGAGAAGGUGGCCAGGGGCAAUAAGACCAAGGAGCUGAAGAACUUCUACACCUUCCAGAUACGCGAGAGCAAGAUGCAGAACAUUGUCGAGAUGCGCAAGAAGUUCGAGGAGGACAAGCGAAAGAUCGGGCUGCUCAAGCAGUCGCGCCGCUUCAAACCAUUUUAGUCCGUACGCAUAGGUUAAGCAUCGAAUAAAACUUCUUUACGACACCAGAA